GAAGAAGAAGGAAGGAGCCCAGGCCACACGACCUGCCACGGAGAGUUGCUAACCUUUACCAAAAAAGCUUACAUAACUUCUAAAAUCGUGAUUUCAACUUAUCUGUGUGUGAUCUGCCGAGGGGGAGGCGUCGAGAGGAGUCUCUACAGCCGCACCUGUCCCGUGAUAUUGUGACUUUAACGCAUCAUUUCAAACGGAUCAUCAUGGCUGAUGAUUUUGACGUUGAGGCCAUGCUGGAGGCUCCAUUCAGAAAGGAUGAGAUCAAGUCCUCUCAUGCAAAUGGACAUGAUGAGCAAAGCAAGAAAAAAAGGAGGAGCCGCAGCAAGAGCCGAAGCCCAAGCUCUAGGAAGAGAAGAAGUCGAAGCAAAGACAAAAAGAAGAGUAAGAAGAGGAGCAAGAGCCGAGAAAGAAAACGAAGCCGCAGCAGAGAGCGCCAUCGCAGCGGCUCCAGGAGCAAGGAGCGCUCCGGGCGUUACAGAGCACGCAAGAGCCCAGUCCGGAAACGUUCAAAAAGUAGGAGCCCUUUCAAAAAAGAGAAGAGUCCCAUCAGAAACUUUGAAGAUGCUAUCGGGCCGUUUAACAAAAUCAGGGAGCAACCAAUUGACAACCUAACUCCAGAGGAGAGAGAUGCUCGCACAGUUUUCUGCAUGCAGCUCGCUGCCAGAAUCAGAGCUCGAGACCUGGAAGAUUUCUUCUCCGCUGUCGGAAAAGUGAGAGAUGUGAGAAUGAUCUCAGACAGAAACUCCAGGAGAUCAAAGGGCAUCGCAUACAUCGAGUUUGUGGAGUCUUCUUCUGUACCGCUGGCUAUUGGGUUGACCGGCCAGAGGCUUCUAGGAGUGCCCAUCAUCGUCCAGGCCUCCCAGGUGGAUGCAGAGAAAAACAGAGCUGCAGCCGCUGCCAACAACCUACAGAAGGGCAGUUCAGGCCCCAUGAGGCUGUACGUGGGCUCGCUGCACUUCAACAUCACCGAAGAAAUGCUUCGAGGGAUCUUUGAGCCCUUCGGAAAGAUCGAGGGAAUCCAGCUUAUGAUGGACAGCGAGACUGGACGAUCCAAAGGAUAUGGCUUCAUAUCGUUUGCAGACGCAGAAUGCGCUAAAAAGGCCUUGGAGCAGCUGAACGGCUUCGAGCUGGCCGGCCGUCCGAUGAAGGUGGGGCAUGUUACAGAGCGCUCCGACUCAUCGACGGCCAGCUCGUUCCUGGACAACGACGAACUGGAGAGGACUGGCAUCGACCUCGGCACCACGGGGCGUCUGCAGCUUAUGGCUCGACUAGCAGAAGGAACCGGCCUGAAGAUCCCUCCUGCAGCUCAGCAGGCUCUACAGAUGACCGGGUCCAUUCCCUUUGGAAACAUCUCUGCUCCACAAGUUCAAACUCCAACUCCAAGCCAAGCAUUGAACCUCCCAUCACAGCCGCUGGCCACACACUGCCUCCAGCUGUCCAACCUGUUCAACCCACAAUCGGAAAACGAUCCCACCUGGGCCGUCGAGAUCCAAGACGAUGUUAUCGAGGAGUGCAACAAACAUGGAGGAAUCGUUCACAUUUAUGUUGAUAAGAACUCUGCUCAAGGUAAUGUGUACGUGAAAUGUCCCUCAAUACCAGCAGCGAUGGCGACUGUAAAUGCACUACAUGGACGCUGGUUUGCAGGCAAAAUGAUAACCGCCGCCUACGUCCCCUUACCGACCUACCACAACCUUUUCCCCGAUUCAGUAACGGCGAAGCAGCUUCUAAUGCCGGCACGCCGAUAGUCUGACACAUGCUAAUGGAAGUCAGUGUAAAUACAUUUGUUUGCAGUCAUGAAAACAAAACUCAUUGAAAUUAGUUGGCAGUGUGUAAUAAAAGUUGCCUCAACUUCAUGUGUUCACAAUUGAAUAUUAGCCAGGUUUUUUUGUUUUAUUUUUUUUCUGAGUUGCUUUUCAAAUUUUUCGUGGGUUUGUGUUGUAAACUACCACUGAGAAGUAAUCUGCAGUUAUCUAUUGGUCUGUAUGUUUUAAAAUAUUCUUGUCUUAUCUGCUUGUUUAAAUCAACAGUUUUAGAUUUAAAAUAAAUUGCAAAGAGUUACAAAAACUGUGUUGGGUUAAUAGGCCUUAAAUGCCAAAAGUAUAUCAAUGUCAACAAUAAUCCUUUGUAACUUUUUACAGCCAUAAUUUCAUUUUUUGUAUGAAGGCUCCCAAUAAACUUUGGCAAAUUUGAC